AUGGGACACUGUCUGUGCCGGCCCCAAGUGGCCAAGACACCAGGCAAAGAAAUGUUGAAGGAAUUGAACCAGCAGCGCAGAGCGAAAGCGUUUACAGACCUGAAAAUUGUUGUUGAAGGCAGAGAGUUUGAAGUCCACCAAAAUGUUCUAGCUUCCUGCAGCUUGUAUUUCAAGGACCUGAUUCAAAGGUCGGUGCAAGAUGGCAGCCAGUGUGGCCGGGAGAAGCUGGAGCUCGUCCUGUCCAACCUGCAGGCCGACGUCCUCGAGCUGCUGCUGGAGUUCGUCUACACGGGCUCCCUGGUCAUCGACUCGGCCAAUGCCAAGACGCUGCUGGAGGCGGCCAGCAAGUUCCAGUUCCACACCUUCUGCAAAGUCUGCGUGUCCUUUCUCGAGAAGCAGCUGACGGCCAGCAACUGCCUGGGGGUACUGGCCAUGGCCGAGGCCAUGCAGUGCAGCGAGCUCUACCACAUGGCCAAGGCCUUCGCGCUGCAGAUCUUCCCUGAGGUGGCGGCCCAGGAGGAGAUCCUCAGCAUCUCCAAGGAUGACUUCAUCGCCUACAUUUCCAAUGACAGCCUCAACACCAAGGCCGAGGAGCUCGUAUAUGAGACUGUCAUCAGGUGGAUCAAGAAGGACCCCGUGGCCCGUGCACAG